AUGGCUGACCAGUUAACAGAAGAACAGAUUGCUGAAUUCAAGGAAGCUUUCUCCCUAUUUGACAAGGAUGGUGAUGGAACAAUAACUACCAAAGAGUUGGGAACUGUUAUGCGCUCUUUGGGCCAGAAUCCUACAGAAGCCGAGCUUCAGGAUAUGAUAAACGAAGUUGAUGCUGAUGGCAAUGGCACAAUUGAUUUCCCCGAAUUCCUCACAAUGAUGGCUCGGAAGAUGAAAGACACUGACAGUGAAGAAGAAAUUCGAGAAGCAUUCCGUGUCUUUGACAAGGAUGGGAAUGGAUUCAUUUCCGCAGCUGAACUCCGGCAUGUAAUGACCAAUUUGGGUGAAAAGUUAACAGACGAGGAAGUAGAUGAAAUGAUUCGUGAAGCUGAUAUUGACGGUGACGGUCAAGUAAAUUAUGAAGGGUUAUUCAAACUGACAAUAUAAGAUAAUAAAACAAAAACAAUCAAUAAAUACAUCUGAUCGGAGUUACCAACAGAAACAGUUACACGUUUGUUUGCUUGUUUUAAAAACAAGAAAUUUUGAUUCUUCAGAAUCUGGUUGAUUCCUUUACGAAAGGUGAAACGAACUGCUGACUCGUUCUAGUGUAGGACUCUUCAAUGAUGAACAAUCACAAGCGCCAGCUCUAACUAUUUCAAGCCACUUAGACAGAACAACCCAAUGGAACCGUGAAUUUCACCUUCUUUCUUUUUUAUUCGCAAUAUAACUCUAACACUCUCCAAUGUUAUCCGUGAAUACUUGUCAUGACACUCGAUACCAGAGUGCUUGAUUCCCUCCACAAUCCACCAGUGGGCUGAUUAGUUUUAGAUUCUACCCAUUCCCCCGCCCCCCUCCCCCACUGCGGAGAAGUAAUGCUAACGAACCUAUUUAAGAGGCGCAAACAAGAAAAUGAUACAUCUGUCCACUCAGUGUCCACUGAUUUUUCUAGAUGACAUUGCUUCAUGGUGAAGUUUACAGCCGCCCCUCCCUUUUUUUUUGCACACGUAUAAAUUGUUACUGAAUUAAAAUAUUAUUUUAUAUUUAUUUGUUCAGCUCAUUUACAUUGAAGAAUACUGAAUAAAGUUGGGGAAUAGUUACAGGAAGUGAACAGUUGCUGUUGUUUUUUUCUUCAUUGGAAUUAUCUUCCAAAAAGAUCAUUUUCAAUAAUGGUAAUCAUCAGUAAACGGAAUUAUUCUACAUUCUACACAGUAUAUACAAACAUUUAAUGUGUAUUUAAAUGAAGGAAACGUACACCAGCUCACAAACACACGUAAUGUUGUUCAUGAUGAAUCACAACGGGUGGUUAGACGGUGGAAAGUUAGAUUCGAACUAUCGACAUCCAGAAUGUUGAUGUGUAACUGUGAUUCCCCCUGGUAAUCGUUUCAUCCACCUCACUAUCAUUUUCAUCAUCAUUACAAUUAAGACGAAGACAAUGAGA